AUGACUCCUGUUACAUGGCCAUUCCCUUCUUCAUACUGCUUUGUUAUCAAUUUGGAUGGAGCUGCUAUUGGUACUCCGGCCGGUACUGGUUUUGUUAUUCGGAACUCGCCGGGUCAAGUUAUUGCCCUCUCGAUGCAAGCUCACGGCAACAACUUGAUCCGUGUAUGCGCUCCUGGCCUUCCCAGUUAUCGGCCACAAGGUUGGGGGCGAGCCGAAAGGAGAUGGAAUCAACUCGACGUUAGGAUAGGAGAUGCGUCGGCUGGACUUCUUUCUGAGCAUGAGGAGCUACAAAGGCAGGUUUCCGUCCAAUAG